AUGGUCAACGAUGCUCGCACUGUCGCCAUCCAAACGCUGUGCGACAUUCACCUCCACAAAUCCUUUAUUCUGCCUGCCUCCGCUGUUCCCAAUGCCAGGGAGGAUCUACGGAUUACCUACUCAGACCUUGGCUAUCAUCCAGAUAGCACCAAAAAGUUGGCUGACGGCGGCGACGGAGAUGCUGGCUCGGAUCCAUGCGUCGUCUUUUUCAUCGGUGGCCUCCUAGGUGGGCGCUAUAUACUCUGUCGCUCAGCCAGCGUUGCCCGGCGUCUCAAGAUCCGCAUCAUCUCCAUGGAUAGGCCGGGGCUCGGUGGAUCAACCCGGGUUCCUCUCGACCAGCGUGUGGCAACACAGGUUGCCGCUGUUCCUGCUCUGCUGAGUCACUUGGGCAUCAGACACGUCACUCUAGCAUCCCAUUCUGGAGGAGCGCCGUACUUGUUCGCAACUCUUCUGGCACACCGUGGGUUGCUGCAUCCAAAGCGGCCUCAUAUCGUCAUGCUCUCUCCAUGGGUGCACCCAGAAGAAGGAGGCGCGCUUUUGAUGCAGAUCACGGCAAUGCUGCCGCUGCAGGUGGUUGCCAAGUUCUCUUCGUGCGCCAGAGCUGUCAAUCGCACCUUUGCAUUCAGCUCGGGCUUACGUGGGAGAUCUCCCAGCAAAUUAGCCCCUGUUGUCGCACCCAAGUCUGGAGAGAUCAAUGACCAGAAGCUCAACGAGGGUUCUUCUGAAAGAGCGGUUCUGACUGAAAUGGAGGCCUUGAUCCCUAAGUACAUGUUCGCCGAAGAUAUUGAAGGCUCUUCAGACGAUGUCAUUUUAUUUUUACGGAAGCAUGUGCACCCCGUAAUCGCCACAGGAGACACCGGCGCUGUACAGGGCAAGGACUGGCUGCAUUGCCGGACUAUUGCUGAUGCCGUCGUCGAGCAAGAAAAGCGCCUGAACCAGAGCACCGUCGACUCGGAGAACCUCCACGUAGAUGUGCUACAUUCCGAAAAGGACAUCCUGAUUCGGCCCAGCGGAUCAAGACACUUUGAUGACUGCUGGACAAACGCUGUAUCAUCAUCGAAAAUCACUUUCAACCCAAAGAUUAUCAAGGGUACCAGUCACGAUUCCAUCCUAGAUCCUAUCCACGGUGCCGACGAGACUUGGCUCCAAUAUGUGGCUCAGCGAUGGUACGGUUGA